UCGGUUCCCGAUUAGCUUGUAAACACGAGAGACCGUCCUGAUUGUGUGUUUGGUAAAAGUGUCUCGUCAGCGAGACAGUGAAACAAAAAUCCUGAAUUAGCACUGUAAAACGUGAAAAUUUCCACAUACGAUUUGGUGCAACUCACACGGACCUAUCUGCAGAUGCCAUGGACAAUGACGAAUUCUCGCUGGAAUAUUUCUGUAGACUGUGCGCCUCAGAGGGGGUGGUUAUUCACCCGCUGUUUCCCCCCGGUGACGAGGACCCCAAAGACGAACUGGUCCGCAUGAUCGACGUUCUGACCUCGGUCACCCUGACCCGAACACAGGAUUCCAGUGCGGUCAUAUGUGACAAAUGCCUGCAGAUGUUGGAUCUGUUCUGCCAGUUCCGGGAGGAGUGCCUCCGGCAGGAUGUGAUGAUCCGAGCGCGAAGGGAACUGGAGAAGGAACGACUUGAGGAGGAGGAACGACGUUUGGCUGCAGAGCAGCAACAGUUGGCCGCGGCUGCUGCCCAAGCAGCUCAACAGUUGAUACCCAUCGAGCCGGACGUGUUGAUCAAAGAAGAGGAAGAUUCGGAGGAACCCCCAACGAUCGUCAUUGAUGACUGCAAGGACGAACCGGAUGACGAUGAGGAUGACGACGAUGAUGGGGAGGAACAGUCACAGUCAGCAGAUUCUAGUCUAGUAGUGGCCAACAACGGUAGCUUCCAGUCACCGGCCGAGAUUUCUCUUUACUCUCAAACGAGUAGCCUUUCGAUUUCAGUACAGGUAAAUCAGAUUUCCCUCGGUGGCAGCAGUCCCGGAUUGAUGGCCGGUUUGCCGGCACCAUCCGCGACGACACCACCAGCCAACGUUUCGGCGAUAGAAUCGUCCCGUCCCUCGCGGGUUGCAUUCCGCAAGGGAAAACUCGAUCCGAACAAACCCCCACCGGAUUGCGAGGUGUGCCAGGAGAGUUUCGCCACCCACUACGACUUCGAGCAGCACAUGGACAAUGUUCACGCGUGGGAUCGUGGCACCCGGUGCUCCCUGGCUUGCGAUCCCUGCCAGAUGCGGUUCACCAAGUCGUACAACCUGAAGCGCCAUAUGUACGAGGUGCACGGGGAGCUGGCUCCCGGUUUGACCGUGACGGCGUGCGAGUACUGUGGCCUGAAGUUCCUCCGGGGGUACACGCUGAACCGACACAUAGCCAAAGUGCACAGCAAGCACCGGAAGGCGAAAAAGGUGAUGAUCAUUAAGAGUAAGUAGACACUAGCGGGAUAUAGAUAAGGAAGGGAUGGGAAGCAAGUGGCCAUAUUCGAGCAAUGCAGAAUUAGUCGGUAUGGGAGGUUGAGUACAGAUACGCGUUGUGUUUUUAAGGGGGGGGGGGGGGGGGGGGGGGGGUGCCGUGUAUUCUCCGAUAUUUUUACUUCUAAUGCAUUUAUUAGGUUUUAUGUAUGUUCUGUGUAAGGAUAUUGUAAAAAGCUAGCUCUUUAUCAGAAACA